AUGGCACGAGGGCGAGGACGCGCUUCGAACGGUUCCACCGCUUCCGAGGUGCCUGACCCAGCGACAUCGACAUCUGCGACGGAGGCAGUGGCCAAUGGAAACGGCGCGUCUAAUGCAGGUGCAUCCAUAUCAGGCCCCUUUAGAGAUCCAUUUUCGUACCAUGCAGUCGAGCUCGCCCCGACAGAUGCCCUACCUUACUUUGACCGCGACCUUGAACUGCAACCCGGUCUCAGGUCUAGAGUCGACGCAUUGGUAGCAGAAGAACAAGCGAGCAUGGCGCCAAUCGACCCAACAACAUCAUCACGUCUUCCACCAGCAUACGAGCUUUUCGGCUCGCGACCCGAUCUCCGCGCAGAGCUCGAACGCGUCGCUUCUGGCCAGCCAUCGUCACACACCCUUGAUAGCCAAAGAUACACUCUACCAGCACCUGAAGGCGGCGACGGUGCGCCACUAGAUGCAUGGCAAACAGCAGUCGACAGCGCUCAUGCACAACUAGGUCACAUGGAUGUCCGACUCAAGAACGUCGAGUUGAUGAAAAAGUACGGCAGCAAUGCAUGGAGGUUGUCAAACUUUCAGCAGGAACAGGACAUUCGGUUGCUGUCAGAACAGGUGGACGCAAUCAAAGGCGAGACGAAUGAGAUCAACAGGCUAAGACAGAAGGAUCAGACGGAAGCCGGAUCGAAGUUGGCGACACUGGAGAAGAGGUGGACGGAGCUCAUCUCGCGAGGAUUGCAGUUGGAAGUUGCCAAUAUCACAACACAAAGCGAGAUUGAUGUUUUGCGGAACAAGAAGCGAAAGCUAGAAAUGCAGCUGAGCCAGCUGGAAUGA